AUGAAUCUCUGCUUAGAAUAUGUUGAGCCUUUCAAUUUCACGAAUCGACGUUUCCAGGUUGAGCUCCCCUAUUCAGGUGGUGUCUAUCGUCUAUCUGGCGGGCGUGAAUAUCGCAGCUUUGAUGCUGACAUUGUCCGCAUCACCACACAGAAUGGGAUUGAAGGCUGGGGCGAGAGUACUCCCUUCGGUUCCACCUAUGUUGCUGCUCAUGCACUAGGUGCGCGAGCUGGAAUUGCCGAGAUAGCACCUAAACUGAUUGGUCUCGAUCCUCGGAAGGUAGAUCGCAUCAACGAUGCGAUGGACGAGGCUCUCGUUGGACACGAACAUGCGAAGACUGUUCUUGACGUUGCCUGCUGGGACAUUUUCGGCAAAUUAGGUAGGAGUGCCAGUCUGUGA